AUGAUAACCUGCUUAUCUAAUUGAAUAAUAGUUUUUCAUACGGAAGAACAACUAGCGAAUGGCACGAGCAGCUGGCUAUCGAGAUGAAGAAUCACUUCGCUUUUUGUUUGGGGCUUGUCACAAAAACGUUGUCCUCCGCACUCAAGCCUUUGAAACAAUUUCCAAAACUCUAGAUGGUUGGUUUGAUGGAUAUGGAAGCCCAAAGGAUGGCAAUGCUUUAUUUGAAAAUCAUCAGAAUGGAGAAGUUCUAGAUAGUGUUGAUUCUAUGAGACCAUUGAUAACGGAGCAGCUGCCUGAUAUUUUACGUCUGGCUGAAACCUGUCCAUUUCCCGAUGUCAGAGGAAAAUGUGAGAGUCUUUUAAGGGAGCUUCAGGAUCGUGGACUGAAAAUUCCAAGAAGGUGUGCACAUGGACCAAGUGAUUUCAUUCCUCAACAUGAUGUUAUUCCAGUUGAUACAGAUGUUGAGGAGACCCGUACUCUAUAUGAAGAGGCAUUUCUGCAGAAUAACAGACUUGAGAAUUGCCUCCAUGUUAUGGGAUUGCACCCUCAGUAUCUUGACUGUUUCCUCAAGACACAAAACUACAUAUUAAAGGAAGAUGGCCCUUUACCAUAUGACUACAGGCAUUACAUAGCCAUGAUGGCUGCAGGUAGACACCAGUCAUCCUAUUUAAUCAAUCUUCAAAAAACAGAGUUUCUAUUGCAAGGUGGCGAUGAAAAUUGGCUGAAAGGGAUUGAAUUCAUCCCACAGAAAUUAAGAGAUUUAUAUGAACUCAAUAAGCUUUUGGCUCAUAGACCAUGGCUGAUAAAUCGUCAACAUAUAGAGAAACUCUUAAAGACAGGUAAAGACAGUUGGUCGUUAUCUGAGUUAACACAUGCCAUAGUGCUUCUAGUCCAUUUCCACGCCCUUUCUAGCUUUGUCUACGGUUGUGGAAUCAACCCUGAGAUCAACCAUGAGUCUGGCCAUACGUACCGCCCACCUUCUGUUACCAGCAGUGACUCAACCCUGAACGAAAACAAUGGUGGCUUUAAUUCUGCAUCUAGUUCCCCAAAUACCGCUUCUGAGAUGGAAGGUGGCAUUGAAGCUUUAAUGGAAAGAAUGAAAAAGUUGUCUGAGGAUUCUGAGGACACAACUGAAGAGGAACUCAUUAAGAGAUUCCAGAAAGUGGAAAGCCAAAGUGCUGAACUUAAGUCGCCAAAUGAUGCACCAACUCUACGCAGUGACAUUAUGCAGUAUGUAGAGGAUCCUGAUUUCACCUACCAAGAUUUUGCCAAACGGGGUUCACUUCAAGAAAUACCAACAUUUAGAGCGCAGGAUUAUUCCUGGGAGGAGCAAGGCUUUUCAUUGGCUAACCGACUUUACGCAGAUAUUGGGACACUUCUGGAUAAUAAGUUUGCCACAACUUAUGAGUUAACCUACAAUACAAUGGGAGACAAUGAAAACGUUGACACAUCAGCAUUUCGUCGAUCAAUAUGGCACUACAUACACUGCAUGUUUGGCAUUCGGCAUGAUGACUACGAUUAUGCUGAAAUCAACCAAUUACUGGAGAGAAGCUUGAAGGCUUAUAUUAAAACUGUAACGUGUUACCCAGAACGUGUCACGAAGAAGGAUUAUCAGAAUUUUAUGAAGGAGUUCAAAGACUCAGAGAAGGUGCAUGUAAACCUAAUGCUGCUGGAAGCCAGAAUGCAAGCAGAACUUUUGUAUGCUUUGCGGGCUAUUAUGCGCUAUAUGACAUAAAACACAAACCUGAUGGAGCCAUUACCCACAAUGCAGUAGAAGCACCGGAGCUAUGAAAUAGCGAACUAGGUGUUUUGUUAACCAUACGAUCGAUCGAGAUCAGUCUGUUUUUGUUGCCAUUUAGCAAGCCAGGAUAUUUACGUGUAGACUUGCAAUUUAUGCGAAAUUAAAAUGGCUGCCACAUUUGUGCUUGUUGUGCUCAGUGAUCUCAUUGUCAUGCAUUGCUGGAACCACUUAACAUGAAGAGGGACACAUCGCCAGUAGCAGAGCAUCGCCUCUGCAUUGAUCUUAUGAGAGGAGCUUAUAUGUAGGUUCAUGUCGGCAGUAGAACCUGUCACAUAAUCAAAUCCUACAUAUAAGAAGCAGUUCAUCUUCUACAUGGAACAUUUGAAUGGGAAUGUCCAAUUGACUUCAAAAUGUUGUUAUGUUGAAUUGGUGCUAAGAAAUAUAUUAAAGUAGAAAGACUGAUCCAAAAAGACAGCUUCAACAUGUCACAUGACUACAUAGCAGGUGAAGUGUAAAAUUCAACCAGUGGCCCUGGAAAGUAAAAGCUAGUAGAGUGAGGAAUGUACAUAGAUCAUUCUAAGCGUUUAUCUGUGAUAAAAAAGAAGGUGGAGUGAGUUAACAAAAUGUCAUGUCGGUCAUCUUUUUCAGAAGAAGUGUCAAUGAUUUGACUUUAUUAAAAUUCUCAUUUAUUUGAGAACUUUAUUUAUGUCAGAAAUGCAUGGCUGGAAUCAUAUUUUGAGUUAAGAAAGAAAAUUCAACAAUUCAUAAAGUUCGGAGUGGCCUAUAAAAUUUUCCAUAAUGUAAAUUAUGAAUGUUUUGUUUGGUUUUAAGCAUCCAUCAUUUAAUACACUCUUAGUCCGCAUCAUUAUUAUCGAAUUGUACAGUGCUGUUCACAGUUGUACAGUGCUGUUUUAAACCAAAACAGCACAAUGCUUGAACAGUAUGAUUUGGAACUUUUGGUUAUUCAGUAAGACUUGACCAAAGUAAGUAAAAGCUCUUAUGAAAUCCGAUGUAGCUACAACUUUCAGGAUCAAAGCGAUUGAAUCUUAAUUAACAGUUGUCAGUUUAAACGCAGAUUUGUGAAUUCAUCAACUGUUUUGAUAUCAUGAAAUUGAAUUAUACGGAUUGAAUGAAACAACAUCAAGCGACAGUGUCAACAUAUUUUGAAACAUGUGUUCCAUCGAAUCCAUCCAUUCAGUCUAUUGAAUGCUUUCAUAAACAUCCAUUUUUAAACUUCCGAACAAAGUAUUGAAACAUCUGAACCAACCCAUGUUGGUAAUGUGGGAACUUUGUAGUAUAUUUUCUUGCAGAGAAUGUUUUGUAGUUUGCUAAUUGAAGAAACCGAAUCAGUUCCAAACAACCAAACAGUAUUAUAUUGAAAACUGAGGAGAAUUGUUUAUUUAUACUUUUCAAGCGUAACAGCUUUUGUAAUUAUGAUUGUUUAAUUAAUUUAGCUAUUACCUAUCUGCUUAGAUUUAGAGAGUUAUGAGAGUUGAUUCUAUAGUUUGUAACAUCUAAUAUAAUAUAAUAGACAGUUCAUGCUGUAGGUUGCUCACACAUUGAAUCACAUCACAUAUUAAGGACAAUUUUAAUUUAAAUAGACAAUUUGUUUACAAUUUAUGGUACUGAUGAUGAUUACCUUUUUAUUGUGUGUAUUAUAACAGGAAAGUAAAAGAACAGUUUGCAAUUAAAUAUCUGCUGACAAAUGAUGGUCUUUGUGACAAUAAUGAUUUAUUAUCUUUAAUUUGACAAUAAACUCCAUGUUUUCUCCGGUUUUCAUACAACACAAG